CCUCAUAAAUAAAUAACAGCAUCACCCUCUCAAGGUGUCAAUCGCUUACUGAACUUGCAUCUCUGUCCCAGAGUUAUUAAUUUUGAGAAACAUUCAUCAUGGCAACCAAGAUGGUGAUUCAGCAGCCCAAGCCAUUGAUAGUGGCUGCUGCAUCAGACCAGUGGAGCACCAGCAUCUGCGAAUGCGACAACGUCAAUGAAUGUUGUUUCUCUGUGUGGUGUUUCCCCUGCUUCGCCUGCAUUACAGCCAGAGACCACGGAGAAUGUCUCUGUCUCCCUCUACUAGACAGCUGCGGAUGUAUUCCUCCAGUUACUCUCUCCAUGAGGGUGUCCAUGCGCCGACGUUACGGCAUCACGGACUCUAUCUGUAAUGACUGCGUGUACUCUUUCUUCUGUGGACCAUGCUCAUGGUGCCAGAUCAGACGGGAGAUGAAGGCAAGACUCCAUCCUAUCACUCUGUUCAACAACAGGCCAACCUAAAGAUCACCAUCAUCUUCCUCAUCUUCAUCAGCUUUUUUUCACAAUUUCACAAUUUUCACAAUACAUUCUCUAAAGUGUUCUUUGUCCUUCACGUCAGUCACAUCAGUCCAAAAAACAAAGACUUACUGUUCUGCAGGUGUAAUCAGAGCUUUUGAUCUUCCUCCCACACACACUGACCUGAGAUCAGCCCUUGGCAUUGUAUUGUAGUGGAAUGUUUUACAUAUUGUUGGUGUACAGCUUUAAUACAGGAAAUGAAGCAUUUUUGAACAAUGAAUUCCCUUAAGGAAUAUGCCAAUUUAGGAUUUUUAGUGUUAUAGCAUAUUUAGUGUCACAACACAUUAAUUAUUUUUAUUAUAGAUUGUUGUAUUAUGCUUUAAUUUUUAAAGUUAUAGUAUAUUCUUUUCUUUUUAUCUCACACUCUGUAUCUUUAUAAAAAUAUCUGCUUAAUAUGAUUUUCACUGUAGUUGGAAAGUUGCUAUAUUGAGCCAUUGAUAUGUGACACUGGAGGUUUGAUAUUAGAAAAAAUGUGAAAAAGAUGUGUUUGCGCAGAUCUGUAUAUGAUUAAAUGUAUAGAAUAUAAAAAUAUGUUGGGGCACUCAAUAAAGCUGAUUAAAAAGAUAAUCGUUCUAUCAAAAAAAGA